CCAAACAAACACUAGCCAUUCAGACACCUUCACAUCACACUUCAAUUUCUUACACCUUCCCUUUGAUUUGUUGCGAAUUAAUGGCCGGCGUUCUCGAAACCCUCACCGUUCCUCGUGCCUCCGGAUUUCCGGCAGCUUCUCUAACUCCGAUCGCCUCUUCUCCGGUCUGUCAACUCUCCCUCCGUCGGAGCUUUGUGCCGGAAUCACGAGGCUUGAAGUUAAACAUCCGUUCCUUCCGCUCUUCUGGAUCCCUGAGAUUGAGGUCGAAGUCCGGCCGUCGUGGUGGAGGAAUCGUCUGUGAAGCUCAGGAAACAGCCGUACAAGUACUCCCUGUGACUGAUAACACAUGGCAAUCACUUGUUCUUGAAUCCAAACUUCCUGUACUGGUUGAAUUCUGGGCUCCAUGGUGUGGCCCUUGUCGAAUGAUCCACCCUGUGAUUGAUGAACUUGCAAAAGAAUACACAGGAAAACUCAGUUGCUACAAGGUAAACACAGAUGAGAGUCCUUCAGUUGCAACCAAAUAUGGAAUAAGAAGCAUCCCAACUGUGAUGAUCUUCAAAGAAGGAGAGAAGAAAGAUGCAGUUAUUGGUGCAGUUCCAAAAACAACUUUGUCUGCUUGCAUUGAGAAGUUCUUGUAGAGGUACUUAUGUAUAUAUAAUUAUUAUAUAUAUACUACUAGAUUUGAACCAGUUUAGUUCUCUUAUUUGUUUCUAUCACAACUACAGAUACUGCAAACAGCAUAAUAAAUUUGAUAUCCAAUUGUAUGUAUGGUUGGAUUCAGAUUUAUUUGCUGAUGUGCUUUCCAGAAUUAGAAUCUCAUGUUUUGUGGUAUCUUUUUUCUCUAAGGUGAAGAUUGGCAAAAGAGAAAUUCUUCCA